ACGAUUGGCUUCGUGAUUUUAAAUUUAUUGCAGCCUUUCUCGGAAAGGAAUCUGAAUCUGAAUUAGUUAAUAUUGCACUCUUAAAAAUUAGUCGUACAAUAUAUAGUGAUGAAAAUAGUAAAAUUUCAAGUUUCUCGCAACUUAUUGAAUUCCUUAAAGCAGAUCCUUCAUUUAAACUUUUCAAAAUCAAUUCAGGAAAAAAAUUUUUAGCUUUAAAAUUUACGUAUUUAACUGAUGCACAAGACUUUAUCAUUGAACUGCGACAAUUGCUAUUUGAUGCUGAAAUUUUUGAUCUCAAGCUACAAAAACAAUCCAUCUUAAAAAUUUUACCUUUUAAAUUAUUUGCGGACACUUUUAGUCUAAAAAUUACUGAAUCCAAAAAUAUUAAUGAGGUUUUUAUAAACCUUCAAAAUUUUCUACUUCAAUAUAAACGAGUAGUUAAAUAUGGGUCAGUAAUCACUUUACGUCAUAAUAAUACUGGAAAGCUAUUAUCAAGCACAUUUGAAAGAUAUACAGGAGGAUCAAAACAAUAUUGGGCAUUUGCAGUAGACCGUCGUGCCACAGAUUACGAAUCGUGGACUAUAAUGCCGGAAGUUCUUCAAAAUGGAUUUUCUCCAACAUACGGUGGCAAUAAGGAUAAAGGUUCACCAGUAUAUUAUGGUGACACAAUAACACUUAUAAAUAAUGGGACUGGGCAAAAAUUACACUCACAUUCAGAAUUUAAAUCCCCAAUAUCUUUUCAACAGGAAGUUACGUGUAUGACUUUUGAUGACAAAAAUGAUAACUGGAUCGUACAACAUUAUUUACGUGGCAUAGUUCCUAACCAAGAGCCUUGGAAUGAAUGUCAUGAUAUUUUUCUUUCGCAUUAUGUGACUAAACUGGGGUUAAAUAGCCAUAAUUAUAUGUUAAACAAUGAAUAUCAAGAGGUCACAUGUUUUGGAGACAAGAAUGUCAACACAACAAAGCGUUUAUUCACAAAUAGAACCAUUUGUGCAAAGCCUGCAUUUUUUGUUAAAGGGUUGCCACUUACAGGCGCACCAAUUGCUGCUCUUCCAUCAAUAAUGUCCUGA